AUGAGGCCAUCCUUGCCUCAACGGACAUCCCGCGCAUCGGCCUCACAGGACAGAUCAGAUCAACAGCAACAGGCGGAUAGCAACACCGACCUUGGGAGGACGAGUCAUCACUACCCGGCUAGUGACCCUGAGGGAAACGGCCCUGGAGUCGCGGGGAGACGUGAUGCUGCGGCGGCGGCAGCAGCAGCAGCAACAACACCACGACCUCUGCCAACAAUGGAGCAUGGUAGCGAGGACGAAGCCGAAGACGACGACAGCGGUGGCGGUGGGGACGAAGACGAAAGAGGAGAUCUACCCAUGAGUAUGACCGCGAGCGUGAUUUUGACGAAUCUGCCAAAAGACGCGAGUGCGGCGUUGAAGGAUGUUGAGGAGUUGGAUAAUCGCAAAGCUAACAUUGUGUCGUUCGUCGUCGUUUCUUUGCGGCUCAACAGUAUCAAUUCGCUUCCAACCACUCGGGUCAGCGCCGAUUCUGAAGCAACGGGUGUUCAAGAUCAGCGCGUCGUCAAAGUUCAGUAUCGUCUUGAACUUUUUGAGGAAAAAGGUCGGUGCGAAGCCUGGAGAUGGACUGUUUUUGUACGUCAACAGCGUCUUCGCACCUGGCUUGGAUGA